AUGGAUCAAAACCACUGGAAUCAGAAGUCAUCUGUUUAAGAGUUUGGAAUUGAUAAGAAUGUAUAAUAAUAAGUAGUCCCACCACUUUAAGCUCAAUUAAUCAGAAGAGUCUCAAAACGUAAUAUUGCAAUAAAGGCAACCCAGGAGAGUGGCGUGGGAUAAAUCUUUGAAACUUACCAUCCAUAACAAAGGAAUCAAACAUUGGAUGAUAUUAAAUUCAUCAUCAAAUGCUUUUAAGGCCAUUUUGUAUUUAGCUCAAUGACUGAAACAUAAUUGACUCAGUUGGCCAAUAGCAUGUUUUAUUGCAAAUUAUCAGUAGGCUAAACAAUCAUUCGUUAGGGGGACGGUGCAAGCUCAUUUUUCAUUUUGGAAAAAGGAAGGAUUAAUGUCAUAGUGGAUAAUGUACCUCGUAAGGAGAUAAAUGCAGGACAAGGAUUUGGUGAAUUAGCGUUAUUGUACAAUGCCCCAAGGUCUGCAACAUGCAUGGCAGUUGAAGAAUGCUACCUUUGGGGAAUUGACAGACAUACAUUUAGAAAAAGUGUUGAAACCAUUAUGAGAAGCGAGUAAGAGAAGAAUCGCAAAUAUUUGGAAAGUGUUAAAUUCUUUAAUUAAUUGACAAGAGAGUAAAAAGAUGCAGUGGCUGGAGUUUUGAUAUCUUAAAAAUUCAAUGCUAAUGAAAUCAUUGUAAAUGAAGGAGAUUAGGCUAGCUCAUUUUAUAUCAUAGUGGAAGGACAGUGUGGAGUGUUCAAUAAGGAAGGACAACAAAUAUCAGUGCUCAAUCCUAGUGAUUCAUUUGGUGAGUCAGCUCUUAAGUAGGAGCAUCAAGUGAGAAUGAUGACUAUCAAAUCAGUUCAAAAGGAUACCAAGGUGUUGGCCUUAGGAAAAGAUAUGAUUCAAUAGAUCUUGGGAGACUAGGUUCAAGCUAUCAUUUAUAAAAACAUUUGUAAAUGGGCUCUCAAUUCAUCCAAAUUAUUUAGCAAAACUCCACACUCUUAUUAGGAUAAAUUAUUGGAAGGUGUGUAAGUCAAAAUGUUUACUGCCAAUUCCAAAAUUAUAUUGAAGGGAGAUAAAGUUGGUCAAUUAGUCAUUCUUUUAGAUACUGAUGCCGUUGAUGAAAAUAAGGUUAAAUUUGUUAAGGGAUCAAUUCUAUUUGAGGAUUCAUUAUAAGAUAAAUUGUCAGGCACCACUCACUUAAAGACUGUAUCUGUUGAAGCAGAUGGACAUGUAGCAAUAGUUGAUUAUGAAGCCUUUAGAAGUUAAUAAGGAAGUGUUGAAAAAAUACAAUAAGGAAAGGCAUAGUAAUAAGAAAAGUCGAGUGCUCAUGAGGAAUAGAUUAAGAGUUAACCAUUCAAAAAUUUAAUAUAUUUAAAUAAAUUAGGUUCAGGGUAAUUUGGAUCUGUCUAUUUAUGUAAGUUUAAGGAACUAGACACUUUAUUUGCUCUUAAGUAUGUCACAAGGGCACAUAUCCAGUAAUUCGGAAUACAAAAACAUAUCCAAUAAGAAAAGGCUGUUUUAGAAUUGAUGGACAAUCCAUUCAUUUUUAAAUUCUACAGAUCCUAUAAGGACAAUGAAAAUAUAUACUUUUUGACAGAAUACAUAGCAGGAAUGGAAUUAUUUGAUGCCAUCAGAGUUAUUGGAUUAUUAAGCAAAUUCGAUGCUCAAUUCUAUGCUUCUUAAAUGAUAUUGCAAAUGGAAUAUCUUCAUACUUAACAUAGCAUUGUGUACAGAGAUAUUAAACCAGAGAAUCUUAUGGUUGAUGAUUAAGGAUAUCUAAAACUAAUCGAUAUGGGAACAGCUAAGUCUUUUAAAAAUUAAUAAUCUACUAAGACAUUUACUAUAAUUGGGACUCCUCACUAUAUGGCUCCUGAAGUCAUUUCAGGAAAAGGCUAUGGUUACUUUGCUGACUUAUGGAGUGUCGGAGUGUGCGUAUAUGAAUUUAUAUGUGGUGGAUUGCCAUUUGGUGAAGACGCUGAGGAUCCCUUCGAAAUUUAUAAGGAAAUCAUAAAGAAACCAAUCAGUUAUCCACAUUUCAUGACUGACAAAUCUGCAAAACCUUUUAUAGAAUAGAUGAUGAACAAAAUUCCAGAAGUCAGAUUAGGAGGAUCGUACUCAACUCUGAAAUCUCAUGUUUGGUUCAAGGAUUAUGAUUGGGAGAAACUGUUGAAUAAGAGUUUGAAGGCUCCAUUAUUGAAAGGGAAGGACAAUGUUAUGACUUCGGCUUAGAUAUAGAGUGCAUAAUAAAAAGCUAUCUCUGUGUAUGAUUAGAUAUAGAAAGACACUUAAGGGGAGAAGAAAGUCUUAGCAAGUGCAAAGGAUGCGGAAUGGGAUAGUGUAUUUUGA